AACUCCGUUCGUCUCCAACCACCAACAACAGUGCCGCCAUUUAGUAAUCCUGCCAGGUGCAGUAGAGGUCGCAGUAACAACCACAACACCAAACUAACUGAAUAUCAUACCAUAGCAAAACCAUCUUAUUUACUGCAUUCCUCUCACCAGAAAAAGAUACCAUGAGGCUUGCUAUUGUAGCCAUUACCACCUUGCUCGCUGCCAUUGGCAACACGGUGGCAACUGAUGAACGUGACCUCCAAGUUGUGGCUUGCACAGCUGAUUUUAACCCUGUCAAAUGUGGCUUGAAUGGCGAUCAAUUUGAUAACCAGUGUUUGGCGAAUGCUGGUGGGUACACUCCUUCUCGCUGCUACCCUGCCACCUGUACCGAUCCCGACCCAAACACUGCGUGCACUUUUGAGAGCAAUCCUGUGGUUUGUGGUGGUGACUUAGCUUGUUCGUACGGCAAUUAUUGUCAAGCUCAGGCUGCCGGCUUUCCACCUACGGCCUGUUUUGCGGCCAACUGUCCUGCCCCGUCUGGAACUGUUGCCUGUACCUUGGAGUAUGAUCCCUUUAUCUGCCUUGUCGAAGGUACGGGCCUUUGUCAGUAUUCCAAUGGCUGUCUUGCCACAGCAUCGGGUCAAAAUCUAGAAUCUGGAAAUUGUGUCCGACAAAACGACGUUCCCGGCGGAAACCCAAGCUCUUGUCCCUCAUUUCCUGGCAGUGUCACAUGCGAGUUUGACUUUGACCCAUACCGCUGUUUGGGUGAAUGUUAUUACUCCAACUUUUGCGAAGCCAAUGAUGCGAUUACUACAGCUGGAAUGGACAUCAAUGAUCCCGCUGUUUGUCAGUCGGCCAACUGUGCUUUGCCAGAUCCCAACACUGCGUGCACUACCGAUCAGAACCCUGUCAUUUGCUAUCCUGAUGGCUGCUAUUAUUCCAACAGUUGUCUUGCCACAGCAGCGGGUCACCAGGAAUCCAGUUGUGUGAGUGCCAACUGUCCUCAACCACCUGCCACUUCUAUGUGCACUCGAGAAUAUGAUCCUCAAGAUUGCGACAAUGGAUGUUCCUACGAUAAUUCAUGCAUUGCCAACGCGGCUGGAGCCACUGGAUGUGUGUCCCGGAAUGAUCCUACACCCCCAGCAAGUUGUCCGGCAUCUGACUCCGGGACUGUGUGUACCGCCGAGGUCAACGAGGUCCUGUGCGACUCUGGCGACGGUGUGGACUGCUUUUAUUCCAAUCCUUGUUUGGCACUAGCAGCUGGAUUCAAUAACCUGCAAUGCAGAAGCCCCAACUGUCCUAAAUCAGAUGCUACAGCUGAAACGUGCAGUGGCUUUGGUGUUGAAGAGGUCUUGUGUGGUCCCUACCAAUGCCCUCAUCUGUCCUGGUGUUUUGCCAAUCGGGCUGGAUGGGUCUCUGCAGAGUGUACUCCCGCUAAUUGUCCUGCUUCUGAUCCCAAUGUAAUCUGUACACUGGAAUAUUCUCCACACGUUUGCUUUGAUGCAUCUGUGUAUGCGUCAGCAUCCUGUGUUUAUUCCAAUGGCUGUCUUGCGCAAGCUGCUGGAUACAAUACCAGUCCCUAUGCGGGUGUUUGCGUCGAACCCCUGGUUACCGUAACUCGUUCUGCUUCCUUUACGCUAACUCCGGACGGCGCCACGGCAACGGACGCCACCAAUGAAACAGAGUCGCUUGGUGAAAGCGCCCCAGAGACCAAUGCCACUGAUGCUCCUGCCGGUGAUGGUACCACUGAUGCUCCUGCCGGCGAUGGUACCACUGCUCCUGCUGACGGCAGUACCACUGCUCCUGAUUCAGGUGCUGCAGUUUGGUUGGCUGGAAAAAUGGGCAUGCUGUUUGCUUUUGUGGCCUACUAUCUCAUGGUCUGA